AUGAGUUCCGUCAAAAUAUUCGAGCUGCUUGAAGUAUUGGACUCUUUGAAACAUCUCAAACGUACUGGUUGGGUGAAGAUGGGGGUUCCUGAACCUGAAACUGUGGCUUGUCAUAUGUACAGGAUGGCUGUUCUCGCUAUGUCCUUAGAGAAACAGAUAGAUAUUGAUAUCUACCGGACAGUUCGAAUGUGUCUUGUUCAUGACAUCGCGGAAGCCUUAGUCGGCGACAUAACUCCGUAUUGUGGUGUUUCCGAAGAGGACAAACAUUCGAUGGAACAUGAAGGAAUAAAGAAAAUAGCUUCGUUUGUUCCUGCCAUCGGAGAAGAUUGGAUGACCUUAUGGAUGGAAUAUGAAAAGCAAGAGACUUUCACGGCCAAGGUUGUCAAGCAUUUGGAUAAGUUCGACAUGACUUCCCAAGCUCAUACCUACGAGAAGAAAUAUGGUAUUGAUCUUUCCCAGUUUUUCGAGACCACGAAAAACGUCUUCACAAUCGAACCAUUUGUUCAAUGGGACAAAGAAAUGCGAGAGUUAAGAGAUAAGAAGUUGUAG